UGUGCUUGGGGCUUUGCAGUGCGUUGCAUCAGCUGUGGUUGGAAGAGCCAGUGCCGGUUGUAGGUGGUGUGUGCAGAGAGCCGACAUGAAGCUGUAUGUGAGCGAUGGGAACCCUCAUGGGUUAAAGGUCCUGGCUGCUGCAGGGCUGUGGGCUGGUGGUGUAGAGAUCCAGAGGUUACAGCAGGAGGAAAAAGUCGUGCCCUUCCUUUCACAAGCAAAACUGCCUGCCCUGGAGCUUACUAAUGGGAAUUACCUGUUCUCUGCCAAUGCAAUUUGCAGGUAUUUUCUAUUGGCGGCUGGAAAGGACCAGGAUGACCUAAAUAAUCAGUGGCUGGAAUGGGAGGCAGCAGAGCUCCAGCCGGUGAUCUCGGCGGCCUUGUAUGCCAAUAUAGUUCAGGGAAAGAAAAAGGAAGAAACUCUUGCAACAGUCGGCACGCAACUUGGACACAUUUCUCAAAGUCUCGCCAAGAAACCGUAUCUUACUGGGGAUGCUGUGUCCGUUGCUGACAUCGUGGGUUUGGGGGGCCAUCUUUCCUUUUCUUUCAGAUGUGUCUACUCUGUCGGAAGACCUGUGUUCACUAAAGAAUUGGUUUAAAAAAGUGACUGAAAUGGAGCCAUGUCAAAAAGCUGCGGAAUCGCUCCUUAAAGGUCAGGGAGCUUCAAUAUUUAAAGGGUAUCUUCAAAAAAUGCCGGCGCCUGUUACCACGUCUGCCCCCUCUGCCUGCAAUGAGCCGGAGGCCGGAGAUACUACAGUCCUAACCAUCUCUGAGGAGGACAUUGCAGCUGCCACAGAGGCUUGGUCAAAGGGUCUUACUAAUGCUCCAAGGCCAAAGCAGAUACAGCAUCCUAUACUUCCAAGAGAUGGAGAGAAGAAUCUGUUGAUCACCAGCGCCCUGCCCUACGUUAACAACGUUCCUCACUUGGGAAACAUCAUUGGCUCCGUUCUCAGUGCUGACGUCUUUGCCAG